UUAUAUUUUUUAAUUCAAAAUCAAUUCUAUUUUUACAAUCACCUUGGACAAAUUUUUUAAAUUCCUUGAGACACCAUGAUUAGUCCAUGUCCAAUAUAAACUGUAAUUCUGCUUUGUUUCAAAUGGCUUAUAUAUAACACCAAUAAUCGGUUGUCCUUUCACAGCUACGCAUACCAUAGUAGAUACAUAUUGAAGUAAAUUCUCUAAAAAUAUAAAAGAAUACUGUCAAAUAUUUCAAAUUUAAUUUUUUAGUUAAAUGAAGAUAAAAAUAUGAUAAAGAUGUACUGUUACCUGUGAACUCUUUGGUAGCAUCAAGAGGAUCUAUCCAAAUUGUAAUAUCGUUAAUGUUCACGAUGUCAUCGCUUAAAUCAUAUCCAUCAAUACUUUUUACAGAGUUCUUAAUGUUUUCCACUACAAUUUCGUCACAAUCCUGCGAAGUUUCCUCAGAUAUCACAGUAACUCCUGGGAAUGAUUCUGUUAAAGCACGAUACAUGGCACAGUGAGAUCUAUAAUCCGCUGCUGUUACUGGAUCAUUGACUCCUUUAAAGAAGCACGCAGUUCGCUGGCGGGAAGCAACGGCUGGAUGUUAAAUUUCAAAGAUCGCUCGUGUUUGCCGUUCAAAUAACGUCACUUCCAUCCUUCUUUCAAGACUUCCAGAAACGCCGAUGAGACCAAGUCGUUCGAAUUGCGAAGUGGAAGAAGAGGAGCUCCUUAUGCUCCCUAUCACCUCAUUCGUCAAAAAACAUCAACAUCUAACAUAAGAAGCAGUACCUACCUCAAGAUCUACUAAAGCCCAAGUACUUAUCUUAGGAAGAGAAUCUGGCAGCAUGAGCAGCACCUUAUAAACAAAGCUGAACUGCCAAUAAAAGGAAGAAAGAGGAGAUUCGAUGUUGACGUUACAGUUCGGACAGUGCGGGAAUCAGCUCGGACACAACUUGUUCUCGAAGAUAUCAGCUGAUCUCGAGAGUUCGAACACCGGCGUGUCUUACAAGGCGAAUUACGAGUACGCAGAAAGCACGGUCGAGAAAUGGUUCGACGGAAUGACAGGAGGCGCCCGGCAUUUCGCCAGAGCGAUACUCGUCGACACCGAGGAGAAGGUAGUGAAGAAGAUUAGCAAGGAAACGAACGCGUCGUGGACCUAUCGGAUGAGCAACGUCGUUUGUCAAUCCGGAGGUGGCUGCGCCAACAAUUGGGCUUAUGGUUACAAGAUCAACAGUCAACGCUUGUCGAAUUCUGUGUUGAACGUCACGCGACAAGAGCUUGAGAAAUUGGAUCGUUUCCAGGGAUUUCUGCUGCUCCUCAGUUCAGCUGGUGGCACGGGAUCUGGAAUUGGAAGCCGUAUGGUUGAAAUUUUGCGCGAGGAGUACGAGACUAAGUCCAUCGGUGCUGCCAUUGUGCUACCAUUUACCUUCGGAGAAGUCUGCACUCAGAAUUACAAUACUAUAUUGACUCUGGCUGAGUUUUGCGAUGAAGCAGAUCUUUCUGUGUUGUUUGAGAACCAGCAGAUGCAUGCGAUGAGCACCAGUUUGUUGAAGAAUUCGAAUACUACGUUAUGUGAUAUAAACAGUAUCAUUUCUGAGAAUCUGCUCGCUGCUUUUCAACCUACUAACAAUGCAAGGUACGACAUGAAUUUUUUAAUAUCCAAAAUAGCUGCGCAUCCCAAUUUUAGAUUUGUAACAAUCAAGAGCACUCCAUAUGUCCCUGCAACAUCUUUACAAUAUGAACUUACUCACAAGUGGGAUGUGUAUGUACGUCAUUUGAAACAGACUCUUCGAAUAUCAAAAUCACAAACGGAAUUGACAAAUGUUCAGUUAAAAACACCAAAUCCUAUACUGGGCAAAACAAUUGUGUCUCAUAUGUACAGUCCUUGUGUAUCUAAUGUUCUUGUAACACGUGGAAAAUCUAUGCAGAAUGAUGUUGUAGUGUUGGAAGAUCUGCAGAAAAGACAUCUAUACUCAGAUUGGAGCACAUUAGAAUUUUUCACUCAUUUGCAUCAAGAACGCAAGUUUCUGAAUCGAGACAAGUUCUUAGCAUUGGUCACCAACAAUUCAGAGAUACAUCGACCAUUGAAUGUAUAUCUGGAUAAAGCAUGGAGUUCUUACAAAUUUGCAGCUUUCUUACAUCAAUAUAAACAAUUUGGUUUAGAGGAAGAUGAUUUCUUGGAAGCUUUUGCAAAAGUUGAGAACAUAGUGCAAGAAUAUAAAAACUUGAAGAGUUUCAGUGAAAAUUAAGUUUUUUUUAUAUAAACUUUGUAUGUGUAUAUUACUGAUAUUUCUAUCUGAUUAGUUUAACAUAUCUUUAAACAAGAGAACAAACUUUCCAUCUGAUUAGUUUAAUAUAUCUUUAAACAAGAGAACAAACUUUUAUUGUUUUUCAGUUACAAAACGAUAAAAUUUUAACUUUAAAAUUUUAAUGAUAUUCUAUAAUUAUUUGUGAAUAUGGAGCACAUAGUAACUAAAAUUCUUAUAAUAUUUUUUUGUGGAAUAUAGUGCAGCAGCACAUAGUUAUUUGAACAAAGAAUUUUCUGCAAUUUUAUACAAAACAUAAGCAUAUAUAUAUAUGUAUAUAUAAUAUGUACUUUAUAAUAUAUAUA